GGUUGCCCCUGCCCUGUAAGAAAAUACUUUGAGAAGAUGGAGAACCAGAGGGGAGCGCUCUUGGGAUGUGUCCACUGGGAAGGAGAAGAGGAAGGGGAUGAGGAGGAUGGAGUGGCUCCUGGUGUUUCUCCUUCCAGCCAAAUGAGUGAAUUGGAUGAUGUGCAGGUGGAGAUGUUCGAGAAGGCAAGGGAGCUCUUCCAGCUGUGUGACAAGGAUGAGAAGGGUUUUAUCACCAAGGUGGACAUGCAGCGGCUCCAGAGUGAGCUCCCCUUAACCCUUGAACAGCUGGAGACUGUUUUUGACAGCUUGGAACAGAACAAUAAUGGAUACCUGACGCCUGUGGAGUUCAGCAUGGGAUUAGGAAAGUUAAUAGGGAUUGAAUUGUGUCAAGGGGCUGGGAGAAUGGAUCACUCCAGACACGAGGAGACCUUUGAGUCAGGCUGGUCAGAUGACUUGGACCCAGCAGAAGAUGAUGAAGAGAAACGAUUCUGUUCCAUGAUGGAGCAGCUCGGAGCAGCCCACGUGUUUGAUGAUCCGCGUGAGAUUCGGGAGCUCUGGGCUCGGCUACGGAAGGAGCGUCCGGAGCUCUUAGCCAAUUUUGAAGAGUUUCUGUUGCGUGUUUCAUCCUACGUAAGGGAGGUGAAUCACGAGAAGGAAUCUAUGGAACAGGCAUUGAAGCGGAAGGAGACAGACCAUGACCGAGAAGUCAGGUGCCUUUAUGAAGAAAUGGAGCAACAGAUCAAAGCAGAAAGGGAGAGACUGAUCUGCCAGGAAGCACUGAGACAUGACAAGAGUAAUCUGCUCCAGAAGGAACUGCGCAGCAAAGAGCAGGAGCUGGAGAAAAUCCUCUACCGCCAGAAGAAGCUGGAACAUCAGCUACAGUCUCUGAACUCGGAGCAGCUGGAGACCCGUGUGCAGAACGAAAGGCUACGGCAUCUGAAUGAAAACCUGCUGGAAGAGCUGGAGAAAAGCAAAUGGGAGCUGGAGGCGGUGAAGGGGCAAUUACAGAAGCUCCAGAAAGAGGCUCAGCUUGAGCAGGAGCAGAAGGACAGGGAUGUGUUUAGAGUCUCCAAGAACAUGCAGAAAGAGAAACAAAGCCUCCUUCGGCAGCUGGAGCUCCUCAGAGAGAUGAACAAGAAACUUCGAGAUGAGCGAGAUGCUUUUGAAGCCAAGAAGCUGGUGCCUCUGAACAAAAAGCCCCUGUUGAAGAAAGGGUCAGUGCUAGGCAGUUACCUGCUGGAUGACAAGCCGGUCAAACGACAGCUGGCCUCUGCGGACCUUCCCUUCACCUUCCCCGUGGAUGUGGCAGUGGAAGAACCCAACAAAAAGAGCUGUAAAUACUUCCCAGGCAACGGGACAUGGCUGAAGACAGGAGAAGGAGGCAGCACGAACAUCAGAGAGAAGAGCAGAGACAAGGGGACAUGGUCAUUGGCAGCAGAUGCUGAGUGGUUGAAGAUGGCUUUGAAAGGUGCAGCUGACAGUAGAAAAAAUGCAGAUGGAUUAGAUGAUGCUCCAUUGCCUCCUAGAGGACAGCCUGUUGGCACCGAAAUCAGGCUCCAGGCACUGGAACCAGCCAGCUGUUCCCCAGACCGCAUCUUUAAAGUGGUGUUUGUAGGGAACUCCGGUGUUGGGAAGAGUUCGUUCAUCCACCGCUUCUGCCAUGACAGGUUUUUGCCUGAGCUCAAUGCAACCAUCGGUAUCGAUUACCAGGUCAAGAGUCUGAUGGUGGAUAACACUCAGGUUGCCUUACAGCUAUGGGAUACAGCUGGACAAGAAAGGUUUCGGAGCAUUACCAAGCAGUAUUUCCGGAAGGCAGAUGGGAUUCUGGUGAUGUACGACAUUACAGCCGAGUGCUCUUUCAUGGCGGUGCGGAACUGGAUGAGCAGUGUCCAGGAAGGUAUUGAGGAUGGAGCUGUGGUGUUUCUGCUUGGAAAUAAAAUGGAUGCUGUGCAGGGAGAGACCCGGAAUGUGCCCAAGGUGGAGGGGGAAAGGCUGGCGAAGGAAUACAAGGCUGUCUUCUAUGAGUGCAGUGCGAUGACUGGCUAUAACAUCAUGGAGCCCAUGCUGCACAUGGCCAGGUUGCUGACAGCACAAGAAGACAGGCAGAGGGAGAAUGCCCUGCAGCUGGAAGAUGUCACCAGGAGGAAAGGGUGCUGCAUGUAA